UUACCCCAACAUAAACGUGUCCUGUGGCUGGACGCAAUCUGUAUCAAUCAGGAUGAUCUGGCGGAGAAGACCGUCCAGGUACGCAUGAUGGGAUCAAUAUUCGGCGGCGCGUUUGCGGUACUCGCGUGGGUGGGAUUCAGAACGGAAGGCAGCGAUCGAGCAGUUGCGGCCGUGUCUGAGGCACAGUGGAGGCUACGAAAGAUCGUCACGCUAUCGUGGUUGACAACGGCCUUCGCGCCGGAAGAUGAUCCAAAUACAGUUUCUGCGAGGGCUGCUUUGGAUCGAUAUUUCCAUGGUUAUAUCCAGACCCCCAAGGACCUUGCGUUUUUCGCCCUCAUGAAUAGAGACGUCAUGAAUGACCUGUUUCGCCUACGGCCAUGGUGGCGAGAAUAUGACCUGUAUCACUCCCUCGGUCUGUUGACCCAAGAGCGCUCGCCGCGAUCGCCGCUGCUCGUCGAGACGCAUAAUCAGCUUGAUGCAAUAUUGCCAUGGCAAGGCCGCUUUGAUCUGUACAAAUUUGUCCAUCGACCAUACUUCGAACGUGCCUGGGUGAUCCAGGAGAUCGUACUCGCUCGCAAGGUUGUUCUAUGCAUUGGUGACAUGUGCAUCGAGUGGGAUGACUUUGCGACUAUAAUGAUUGCCUUCCUCGUCGCUUGCGCUGAGAACGAGUUUCCUUUAGCUGACACUUGCUCGUACUUUCAUGAUCCUCAAGAACGCCGCAGCUUCUACCAGAGAGUCGGCAGGAUACCUUAUUCAAUGACCAAUUCGUGUCUCUAUACAUCUACACAUAGGACAAGUUUACCCGUCGACCGGCUGUUCGCGUUCUUCGCAAUAUCAUCCGAAUCGAACAGAGUAGAUAUUGAUUACGAGCGUCCAGCAGCUGACAUAUUUCUCGAAGCAGCACAGAUGAUGCUCCGAGAUCCCGAAAAAGGCGGCGAGCGCAGCGAAUGGAGCAGGACACAAUGGCUCUUAGGCAUGGUUGAUUACGGUGAUUUACACGAGACUGAUGUGUUGCCGUCUUGGGUGCCCAAUUUUGGUACGAUCACGCGUGCGAAUGGGCAACACGCAUGGACUUGGACGACCGGAUGUGGUGCUCCACCUACACAAAUCGUUCGUUGGGAACCCAGUAACCCAAGGUCAUUAUCCGUGCAUGGUCUGGCGAUUGCCAAGAUCGCACAAUUAGCAAUCGAUGAAGGAAGCGUGACUGCCGGGGCGGUCGAUACUUGGAAACCCGAAAUUACGUUAAAUGUCUCGUCUGAUGCGCAGCAACAGUGGGCUCCUAGUUUCACCUUGAACUCAUUGCUUGAAGCACUUGAACGUCAGUCAGAUAGCAAUAAGGAAUUAUUCGGACGAUUGUCUGAGCAAGAACAAGCUUUCGUGACAGAGGCCAAGACUGCUUGCCAAAAGUCGACUAUCAGCGAAUGUGCGCGGGUGAUCAAGCAAGUUACCACCCUCAUUGGAAUGGCAACAGACGCCGAGGUAGAAGAUUGUUGGAGAGCCAUCGCUGUGGGUACGGCUGCUCGUCUGAGACAUGAUCUUCAAGGGUUCAGUAAAAGUAUUCCUGCAUGGGUUCGCCUUGUCAGAGCGGCACCAGAUCUCGCACUUGACGCCGGUUGGACUCCAUCUCAUCCAGCAUUGAACCGGAUGACCAAUGGCGAUCUAAUCGAGCUGUUUGAUUUUGUCGCAAAGUAUAAACCAUGGAUUAAGACCAUGUUUUGUCGCUUCGAUCACGGGCAAUUUGGCUGGGUCCCGGAAAGAAGCAAAAUCGGCGACACCGCUUAUGCAGUCGCCGGCAUGACUCGACCGCACAUUUUCCGAACCAUUUCCGAUGGGCGGGUGAAGAAUAUUGGAGCAGCGUACGUCGAGGGAUCGAUGACUAGCGAAUCAAUGGAGUCCCGGUGGCCAGUUGCGGAUAUCAUUAUGAUAUCAUGAUAUCAAUGCGCUUCGAGCAAAUACCUCAGCGCAAGCCUGGCCCGGCUAUUUCUUGUGACCUUCGUCAUUGACUCUUCGAAUAAUCAUUUGGCCUGAAGUCAUGAAGACCGGUCGAGUGACAGCUUGCAGAUAUGAUACGCCCGUCUUGCGCAUUUUCAGUGGUGAAUGCCCGUCAGGUCCACGCUGCCCGGAUUGACGUCCGCUGGAAGUUUAGUAAUGACCGGGCGGUCCCACAGAGAGAUGACGCUGUGAUGGUAUCGUGGAGUUGUGGCUACUUUCAAGUCAGAAUAUACCGUAAUUGAGCGGGACCGUGAGAUCGGGUUCAUCUGAAGUCAACGCGCCUCAACGCGGCCCCGCCCCGGCCGACCGAUCGGACCCGCUCACCGGAGCUCGCGCCCUGACACGCCUGAGUCUCGGCCAGAAUCAAGCGCCGUCUCGUUCGUCGUCU